AUGACCACCAGCAACACCAGCCGGCUCACGCUGAUGCGCCGCGACAACACGGUGUUGGGCGCAAUGAACAAGCUCAUGGUCGCCAACCGCGGCGAGAUCCCCAUCAGAAUCUUCCGCACGGCGCACGAGUUGCUGAUGCAAACAGUGGCGAUCUAUUCCCACGAGGACCGGUUGCUGAUGCACCGGUUGAAGGCGGACGAGCUGUACGUGAUUGGCGCCAAAGGUCAGUACUCGCCCGUCCAGGCGUAUCUCCAGAUCGACGAGAUUCUCGCCAUUGCCAAGCAGCACCACGUCAACAUGAUCCACCCCGGGUAUGGCUUCCUUUCGGAAAACUCCGAGUUUGCCCGCAAAGUGGAGCAGGCGGGGAUCACCUGGAUCGGGCCCGACUACACCACCAUCGACCGAGUGGGUGACAAGGUGAGCGCGCGCCAGUUGGCGCUUGAGUGCGACGUCCCCGUGGUGCCCGGCACCCCUGGUCCCAUCGACACCGUCGACGAGGCGGUGGCGUUUGUCGAGAAGUACGGCUACCCCGUGAUCAUCAAGGCGGCGUUUGGCGGCGGCGGCCGCGGCAUGCGCGUGGUGCGCGAGGGCGACGACAUCGCCGACGCCUUCAAGCGCGCCACCUCCGAGGCGAAGACGGCGUUUGGCAACGGCACUUGCUUUAUCGAGCGGUUUUUGAACAAACCGAAACACAUCGAGGUGCAAUUGUUGGCCGACAAUUACGGCAACGUCAUCCACUUGUUUGAGCGCGACUGCUCGGUGCAACGGCGCCACCAAAAAGUGGUGGAAGUGGCGCCGGCGAAGACGCUCCCCCAGCUGGUGCGCGACGCCAUUUUGACCGAUGCCGUCAAGUUGGCGCAGGCGGCAAACUACAGAAACGCCGGCACCGCCGAGUUUUUGGUUGACGAUCAAAACCGCCACUAUUUCAUCGAAAUCAACCCGAGAAUCCAGGUGGAACACACCAUCACCGAGGAGAUCACCGGCGUCGAUAUCGUCGCCGCGCAGAUCCAAAUUGCCGCCGGCGCCUCGCUCCAGCAGUUGGGGCUUUUACAGGACAAAAUCACCACCCGCGGCUUCGCCAUCCAGUGCCGUAUCACCACGGAAGACCCCGCCAAAAACUUCCAGCCCGAUACCGGUAAGAUCGAGGUGUACCGCUCGGCCGGCGGCAACGGCGUGCGCCUCGACGGGGGCAACGGGUUCGCCGGCGCCAUCAUCCUGCCCCACUACGACUCGAUGCUCGUCAAAUGUCUGUGUCUGGGGCUGACCUACGAGAUUGCCCGCCGCAAGAUGCUCCGCGCGUUGAUUGAGUUCCGUAUCCGUGGCGUGAAAACCAAUAUCCCCUUCUUGCUUGGAUUGCUUACAAACGAGACGUUUGUCGCCGGUGAGUGCUGGACGACGUUUAUCGACGACACCCCGUCGCUUUUCCAGAUGAUCUCGUCGCAAAACCGUGCCACCAAGUUGUUGCUGUACAUCGGUGACGUCGUGGUCAACGGCCUGCCGAUUAAGGGGCAGAUCGGGAACCCUCAGUUGGACACCGAGGCGGAAAUCCCCACUAUCCACGACCCUAAGACCGGCAUUGCCAUUGAUGUGGCGAAAACUCCCGUGCCCAGAGGCUGGAGACAAGUGUUGCUUGAAGAGGGACCCCACGGCUUUGCCAAGAAGAUCAGACUGUUUGACGGCACGUUGAUCACCGAUACCACGUGGAGAGACGCCCACCAGUCGCUCUUAGCCACCAGAGUGCGUACCAUCGACUUGGCCAACAUCGCCCCCACCACUGCCCACGCCCUCAACGGGCUUCUUUCCCUUGAAUGCUGGGGCGGUGCCACCUUCGACGUCGCCAUGCGUUUCCUCUACGAAGACCCCUGGGCCCGGUUGCGCCAGCUCCGCAAACUCGUGCCCAACAUCCCCUUCCAGAUGUUAUUGCGUGGUGCCAACGGUGUCGCUUACUCCUCGCUUCCUGAUAACGCCAUUGACCAGUUUGUCCGCGAAGCUAAGGAGGCUGGCGUCGACAUUUUCCGAGUUUUCGAUGCGUUAAACGACUUAGAACAGCUUAAAGUCGGUGUCGAUGCCGUCAAAAAGGCUGGCGGGGUCGUCGAAGCCACCGUGUGCUACUCCGGUGACAUGUUAGCCCCCGGAAAGAAGUACAACUUGGCCUACUACAUGGAAGUAGUGGACAAGAUCGUUGAUAUGGGCACCCACAUCUUGGGCAUCAAGGAUAUGGCGGGGACGUUAAAGCCUCAGGCGGCCACCGAGCUCGUCGGCACCAUCAGGGCCAAGUACCCGGACUUGCCCAUCCACGUCCACACCCACGACUCCGCCGGUACCGGGGUGGCGCUGAUGGUCGCCGCCGCCCACGCCGGCGCCGACGCCGUCGACGCCGCGCUGAACUCGAUGCUGGGGAUGACGUCGCAGCCGCUGAUCUCGGCGAUCUUGGCUUCUCUUAGUGGCCAGAUCAACACUGGUGUUGACGAAGGCAUGGUGCGUGAAUUGGACGCCUACUGGCAACAAAUGCGUCUCUUGUACCUGUGCUUUGAAGCCGACUUGAAGGGUCCUGAUCCCGACGUCUACCAGACGGAAAUCCCCGGCGGUCAGCUCACAAACUUGUUGUUCCAGGCUACCCAAUUGGGGCUUGGUCCUCGCUGGCUUAACACUAAACAAGCCUACAAAGAGGCGAACCAGUUGCUUGGCGAUAUCGUUAAAGUCACCCCUACUUCUAAGGUGGUAGGUGACUUGGCUCAGUUCAUGGUGCUGAACAACUUGCUGGCUGAAGACGUCCAGAACUUGGCCUCGGAGCUCGAUUUCCCGGACUCCGUCUACGACUUCAUGGAAGGGUUGAUGGGUACUCCCUACGGCGGGUUCCCCGAACCGUUGAGAACCAAUAUUUUGGCCAAUAAGAGACCCAAGCUCGACAAGCGCCCGGGGCUCUACCUCAAGCCGGUAGACUUUGACGCCGUCCGCAACGAAUUGAGACAACGUUAUGGCCCCACCAUCGACGAAACCGACGUGGCGCUGCACAUCAUGUACCCCAAGGUGUACGAACAGUUCCGGGCUACCCAGGAAAAGUUCGGCGACUUGCUGGUGUUGCCCACCCGCUACUUCUUGAAGGCGCCGCUGAUCGGCGAGGAAUUGCUGGUGGACAUCGAACAAGGGAAGACGCUUAUCAUUAAGCUUUUGGCCAUCGGUGAGCUCUCGCAAAAGACGGGUAACCGCGAGGUGUUCUUUGAACUCAACGGGGAAAUGCGCUCGGUCACCGUCACCGAUAACACGGUGCUGAUUGAGACGAAGACCCGGGCCAAGGCGUCGCAGCCUAACGACGUCGGCGCUCCCAUGCUGGGGGUCAUCGUCGAAAUCAGGGUUAAGGACGGCCAGGAAGUCAAGAAAGGCGACCCCGUGGCGGUGUUGCUGGCGAUGAAGAUGGAAAUGGUGAUCUCGGCGCCGGUGUCAGGCCAUGUGGGCGAGAUCUUGAUCAAGGAAGGCGACCUGGUCGACGCCAGCGACUUGAUCACCCUGAUCAAGAAAUAG